ACACCAUUUCAUUUCUUCACUACUCCAAAUCCUACUACUACUACUACUCACUUUCCGUCACUUUCUCGAGAAAAAAAAAAGAAAGUAAAGCAAAAUGUGUCCGGCUAUGGGAAGAUGCAACAAGAUCCGACACAUUGUUCGGAUCCGGCAAAUGCUGCAGCAGUGGCGAAGGAAGGCUCGCAUCGCCGCCGCACGCGCCGCACCAUCGGACGUUCCUGCGGGACACGUGGUGGUCUGCGUCGGGAGCAGCUCGAGGAGGUUCAUCGUCCGAGCGACGCAUCUGAACCAUCCGAUGUUCAAGAACCUUCUGGUCCAAGCCGAGGAGGAGUACGGCUUCGCUAACCACGGUCCGCUCUCGAUCCCCUGCGACGAGGCUUGCUUCGAGGAGGUCCUCCGAGUCGUGACUCGCUCCUCCGAUUCCGGUAACUCGGGCCGGUUACUCGUCAGCGCCGAGGAUUUCCAGAGACGAUGCAACGUGGACAUCAGAAAGAAGAAGAUCGAGUUCUUCGGCGAAUCUCGGCCGUUGCUUCAUGAGUUGGCUGAUAAAUCAGUCUGUUGAUAUGAAAAUUAAAAAAAAAAAAAAAAAGAAGAUGAAGAAACGAGUCGGUCGUGUGACUCGGCUGAGUUCGCGAAUCGCGAGGUGGCUCGGCUGGGUGGGUGGUGGAGCGGUGGUGGGACUAAGUUUACUAACAUAUUUUCUUCUUUUUUUUUUAAUUAAUUUUUGAAUUUAUUAUAAAUAUUUAUAUUAACAAAUUGAUGAAAAAAGAAUUAGGAUAGUAGUGAGUUAGGGUUUCAUAGUUCGGCCGAGUCGUCCAGAGUUGAAUCGGAGGAGUGGAGAGAUGGCUCGUUUAUAAUCUGAGCUAUUUGUAAAUUUUCUGAGAUUAUCAUAAUAUACAAUGAAAUGUAUUUAAAGACUAUUUGUUAAUUAAUAUUACUCCAUUUUCCUCA